CACCGGCGGCGGCGGCGGGAGGAGGAGGAGGAGGAGGAGAAGGACCAGGCGGCAGCGGCGGCGGCGGCGGCGGCGGGGGGAGGAGGGGAGGAGGCGGCGGAGCAGAAGGAGAGGAAGGCGGAGGCAGCAGUCGCUUUCCGCAGGGCUGAGCCGGACGCGUCUUCUUGCCCCCCUCCCCCCGGUUCGCGCUGCCGCCGUGUAGUUGGCGCCGCUGCCCGGGCUGAGAGUGAGCGUGGUGUCGACGGAGGGAGAUGGCCCGGGAGCGCCGGCGCCAGUAACGGGGAGGUGCUGAGAGUUGCCCAGGGCGCGCCUGGCCCUGGUGCCGGGGCUGCCGCCCGCCCGCCGCCGCCUGCGCGCCCGCCCGCCCGCCUUUCGCGGCCGCUCUCCCCCCUCCCCGACACACACUCACAGGCCGGGCAUUGAUGGUAAUGUAUGCGAGGAAACAGCAGAGACUCAGUGAUGGCUGUCACGACCGGAGGGGGGACUCGCAGCCUUACCAGGGGGGUGAUGUUUUACAGGCACUUAAGUACUCAUCGAAGAGUCACCCCAGUAGCGGUGAUCACAGACAUGAAAAGAUGCGAGACGCCGCAGAUCCUUCACCACCAAAUAAAAUGUUGCGGAGAUCUGAUAGUCCUGAAAACAAAUAUAGUGACAGCACAGGUCACAAUAAGGCCAAAAAUGUGCAUACUCACAGAGUUAGAGAGAGGGAAGGUGGGACCAGUUACUCUCCACAAGAAAAUUCACACAACCACAGUGCUCUUCAUAGUUCAAAUUCACAUUCUUCUAAUCCAAGCAAUAAUCCAAGCAAAACUUCAGAUGCACCUUAUGAUUCUGCAGAUGACUGGUCUGAGCACAUUAGCUCGUCUGGGAAAAAAUAUUACUACAAUUGUCGAACAGAAGUUUCACAAUGGGAAAAACCAAAAGAAUGGCUUGAAAGAGAACAGAGACAAAAAGAAGCAAAUAAGGUGGCAGUUAAUAGCUUCCCCAAAGAUAGGGAUUACAGAAGAGAGGUGAUGCAAGCAACAGCUACUAGUGGGUUUGCCAGUGGAAUGGAAGACAAGCAUUCCAGUGAUGCCAGUAGUUUGCUCCCACAGAAUAUUUUGUCUCAGACAAGCAGACACAAUGACAGAGACUACAGACUGCCAAGAGCAGAGACUCACAGUAGUUCUACGCCAGUACAGCACCCCAUCAAACCAGUGGUUCAUCCAACUGCUACCCCAAGCACUGUUCCUUCUAGUCCAUUUUCGCUACAGUCUGAUCACCAGCCAAAGAAAUCAUUUGAUGCUAAUGGAGCAUCUACUUUAUCAAAACUGCCUACACCCACAUCUUCUGUCCCUGCACAGAAAACAGAAAGAAAAGAGUCUACAUCAGGAGACAAAUUGGUAUCACAUUCUUGCACAACUCCUUCCACAUCUUCUGCCUCUGGACUGAAUCCCACAUCAGCACCUCCAACAUCUGCUUCGGCAGUCCCUGUUUCUCCUGUUCCACAGUCACCAAUACCUCCAUUACUUCAGGACCCAAAUCUGCUUAGACAGUUACUUCCUGCUUUGCAAGCCACGCUGCAGCUUAAUAAUUCUAAUGUGGACAUAUCCAAAAUCAAUGAAGUUCUUACAGCAGCUGUGACACAAGCUUCACUGCAGUCUAUAAUUCAUAAGUUUCUUACUGCUGGACCAUCUGCUUUCAACAUAACAUCUCUGAUUUCUCAAGCUGCUCAGCUCUCUACUCAAGCCCAGCCAUCUAAUCAAUCUCCAAUGUCUUUAACAUCUGAUGCUUCAUCCCCAAGAUCUUACGUGUCUCCAAGAAUAAGCACACCUCAAACUAACACAGUCCCUAUCAAACCUUUGAUUAGUACUCCUCCAGUUUCAUCACAGCCAAAGGUUAGUACUCCAGUAGUUAAGCAAGGACCAGUGUCACAAUCAGCCACACAGCAGCCUAUAACUGCUGACAAGCAACCAGGUCAUGAACCUGUUUCUCCUCGAAGUCUUCAGCGCUCAAGUAGCCAGAGAAGUCCAUCACCUGGUCCAAAUCAUACUUCUAGUAGUAACACAUCAAAUACAGCAGUUGUACCACAGAAUUCAUCUGCCCGACCUGCGUGUUCAUUAACACCUACGCUAGCAGCACACUUCAAUGAAAAUCUCAUAAAACACGUUCAAGGAUGGCCCGCAGACCAUGCAGAGAAGCAGGCAUCAAGAUUGCGUGAAGAAGCUCAUAACAUGGGGAGUGUUCACAUGUCAGAAAUUUGUACUGAAUUAAAAAAUUUAAGAUCUUUAGUCCGAGUAUGUGAAAUUCAAGCAACUUUGCGAGAGCAAAGGAUACUAUUUUUGAGACAACAAAUUAAGGAACUCGAAAAACUAAAAAAUCAGAAUUCCUUCAUGGUGUGAAGAUGUGAAUAAUUGCACAUGGUUUUGAGUACAGGAACUGUAAAUCUGUUGCCCAGUCUUAACAUUUUUGAGCUGCAUUUAAGUAGACUUUGGACCGUUAAGCUGGGCAAAGGAAAUGACAAGGGGACGGGGUCUGUGAGAGUCAAUUCAGGGGAAAGAUACAAGAUUGAUUUGUAAAACCCUUGAAAUGUAGAUUUCUUGUAGAUGUAUUCUUCACGUUGUAAAUAUGUUUUGUAGAGUGAAGCCAUGGGAAGCCAUGUGUAACAGAGCUUAGACAUCCAAAACUAAUCAAUGCUAAGGUGGCUAAAUACCUAGCCUUUACAUGUAAACCUGUCUGCAAAAUUAGCUUUUUUUAAAAAAAAAAAAAAAAAUUGGGGGGGUUAAUUUAUCAUUCAGAAAUCUUGCAUUUUCAAAAA